AUGGCCGACGAACUCGACGAGGUGAUCGGGUUUUUGUCCGAUAAGAACCCGGCCGUGCGAGAGCAGGCGGCGCACAUCAUCCAAGGCUUGACUGGAACGGAUGACGGCGCAAAGUUACUGUGCGCUAAAGCCGACUCACUGGUGCCAAAACUGUUGCACGCGCUCGGCAAAGAAGGCGCAGAAUCAAAGUAUGCCGCGACAGCGCUGGUAAACUUGACGCACGACCCGGAGGUGAUCGUCAAGGCUGUGAACAAGGGUGUCGUGGAGCGAGCCAUGGACGGGCUUCGCGAUGGCGACGGUGCACCGGUAGACCUCUUGCUGUCUAUUUUAGCGAACGUGACGACGGCGGAGAGCGGUGUACACGUGAUAAGUCAAGAGGGUAAGCCACUAGAAGGAUUUUACGUGUCAAAGUUGAUCCAACUCUUGUCCACCGGAAAGCCGGAGGAAGACUACGACCAUGCCGCGUCAGUCUUGACAAACAUCUCGCGCGACCCGAUCGGUCGACGAGUCUUCUUAGAUCCGAAGCGAGGAUUGUUAGCAUCAGUUGUUUCAAUUAUGAGUGAAUCGAACGACCUCAGACGUGAGCGUGUCGCAGCGGCGUUGCGGAAUUGCUGCAUGGAUGACAUUCAGCGUAAAGCGCUUUUGGACUUUGUCAGCCCAGGUGCACAGGAGGCAGCAGGGGAUGUCCUACGCGCGCUCCUUCGGCCGAUCAGCGGGAAGCAGGUCGGAGCAGAAUUAUCUGAUCAUGUUCGUCAGGCCUGUGCGGAAGCGAUCUACGCGUUGGCGAAAGACGAAGAAGGCCGGAUGUGGCUUGGCAAGUUGGACGCUCCUCGGACUCUGCGAGACGGAUACGAACUUGAGGAACACGCAGAAACUUGUGCUGCAUUGGUUGCCGCCGGAGAUUUGUUCCUGAAGCACGGCAUGGUGCCCGAAGACCUUCAAGAAGGCUUGAAUCAGCCGCAAGCCGUCGAAGUGAUUGACGAUGACGAAGCCGUGGUCAUGAUGGGACCAGGCGUUGGUGGUGGUGGAUUUAUUAGUGGCGUGGAUUGA